GUCAUAAAGCAACAUUACACAUCAAUCCGGCACUUUUACGUGAAAACAUUUAUUUACUGGAGGAAAAGUUAAUUCAUUUUGAAUUUUUAACCAUCGAGUAAGCUUGAAAAUGUCUAAUACGGCCGUAGCUCAACAUCGACCGCUGGGAUUUAUUGGCCUACACACAGAAUUCACAAAAGCGCUAAACGAGGCGUUCCAAAGACAAGAUGCUCAAAUUUUGCGCGCUUCCUAUGAGUCCUUUGGUGCCAAUACCGAUCAUGAUAAAAAAUCGCCAAUGGAUCAAGCAUUUCGCGAAAUGCUACUUUUCCGGCUAAGUGACAAUGUGGAACAGGUGGGCGCACUUGUGCGCUUAUCCGUUGAGGCUGUGCGUGCAGAGAUAGUUUCCGUAACCAUACCCGUUGUGUUAUUGGGUGAUAUUUUCGACGCAGUUACGCUGGAUAAAUGUGAACAAAUAUUCAGUUUUGUCGAAGAGAUGGUUGAAGUGUGGAAGGAGGACAUAUUUUUCUCAUCCUGCAAGAAUAAUAUCUUAAGAAUGUGCAACGAUCUUUUACGUCGUUUGUCGCGCGCACAGAACACCGUGUUCUGUGGACGCAUUUUGUUGUUCCUAUCCAAAUUUUUCCCCUUCUCUGAGCGUUCGGGUUUGAACAUAGUCUCAGAAUUCAAUUUGGAUAAUGUUACUGAAUAUGGUGUCGACGGUAAAGAUCUGGACGAUACUUUGGAAGACACCGUGGAAGAUAUACCCAUCAAAAUUGAUUACAAUUUAUAUUGUAAAUUUUGGUCAUUGCAAGAUUUUUUCCGCAAUCCCAACCAGUGCUACAGCAAAGCACAAUGGAAAAUGUUUCAAGCUCACGCUGGUACCGUACUAGAAGCUUUUGACAGUUUCAAGCUGGAGGAACCACGUCUCAGCAGCGCUGCAGAAAAGAGUGAAAGUGCUCUUACAGCUGCCGAUUACCUGGAGAAUAUGCGAAUGGAUUUGGUUGCGGAUAUGGCAACUGAAACAGUUGAUUCAACGUCCAACCCGACAGACCAGAUAGUUCGCCAGUCUGAUCAUUUCUUCGCUAAGUUUCUGACAAAUCCGAAGUUACUUACUUUACAGUUAUCCGACUCUAACUUUCGCCGUUCGGUACUGGUGCAGUUCCUGAUACUUUUUCAAUAUUUACAGUUGACCGUUAAGUUUAAGACUGAAUCGAACACACUCACCACUGCACAAACAGAUUUCAUUAAAGAGACCGAGGGAAAAGUAUACAAAUUACUCGAAGAGACACCACCAAAUGGAAAACGUUUUUCGCGUACCGUGCAACAUAUGUUAACGCGUGAGGAAAUGUGGAACAACUGGAAGAACGAUGGUUGUAAAGAGUUCCGCAAGCCUGAUGAUUCCGAAACAGAAAGUAGCACGAACAAAGAUGCGGGCAGUGCCGAUGCUAAACCGCCAGCUCCGAAACGUGCCAAACGCACGCUGGGCGAUAGUUUGCGCGAUGCGCAUCGCGGUGGAAAAUUUUUCUUGGGCAAUGAUGUGCUAACACGCCUCUGGAACUACUCGCCCGAUAAUCUGCAGGCUUGCAAGAGCGAAGAGCGCAAUUUUCUGCCACAAGUUGAAACAUUCCUAGAAAAUCCGCAUGAAAAGAACGAUCCGUCGUUUGAAUGGCGCGCAUUACGUCUGCUUGCGCGACAGUCGCCACACUUCUUCACCUUCUUAAACUCGCCAUCAUACAAAAUAGCCGACUAUCUGGAGGGUGUACGUCGCCGUUUGGCCAAGGAUCGUAUAGAUAAUGCCAAAGCAAGUAUGAACGCAAACAACGCUUCAUCAGUUGGUAGCAAUUUAUCGACCGAAUCACCUAAUGCCAACGAAAGCAAUAGUGAUCAAGGUUCUAACAAUCAAGAAACCGAGGGUGAACCAGAUGCCGAUGGUGUUGGCGUAGGCGAUAAUGACGGAGACGGCGACGGCGAUGGUGAUGCCAUGCUCACCGAAGAAGAUGUGCAAGGUGAUUUGGACAAAGCCGAUGACGAUCGUAAUGCGCACACCAAACCGAUGACGGCUACCGCUGAACAAAUUGAAGAAAUCGCACCGCUCAUUGGUGAUGACUGGAAGAAAUUGGGCAAAAAGUGUGGUUACACCACCGACGAAUUGCUUUACUUUGAGUCUGAGCAUCCCGAUCGUGACGGCGGCUGCAUUGCAAUGCUACGUAACUGGUUUGCCGACGACGAUGACGCCAGUCUCGACAACUGGGCCUACAUGCUUGAGGGUUUGGAAAUAAAUGCGGCAGCUAAAGCAGUAAAGGCGCUCAUCGAACGCCUCACAGCCAAAGAGGACAAAGUGGAGUUGCUAUCGGAUUAAAGUGUGGCGCUAUAAAUGUUUACAAUUUUAGUACUCAACACUGGGGUUAACUGCAUAACUCGGUUUUGAUUUAGUUUAUAUUUUAAUAAUUUUCCAAAAGUCAAGUUUACAAUAAUAAUUUAUCACAUGUACAGGGUGUGUAUGCAUACCGCUGUUUACAUUAACAUUAA